AUGUCAACAAAUUUAACAAAUAAUGAGAAUCAUCACUAGGAAUUGGUGUCGGAUCAAUAAUAAGAAAAUAUACAUUAAGCUAGAUAAAUAUAAUUUUAAGAGGCUUUAGAGCAAAGUUUGAGAAGCUAUGUGCAAUAUACUGAAUAGCAAAAUCAACUUCGAUUUAUUUAUGUCUUAAUAAUAGUGCUAGCUAUAUAUUAAAUAGUAGAAGUCAUUCUAUGUAUAAUCUCUCUUUGUUUAAUCUAGAGAAGCCAAUAAUUAUUCUACAUUAGCAUAAUCUAAUUAUCAAUUAAUGGAAUUUCUUUAAUACCCUCUUUAUAUUAUUUAAAACUAUUUCAUUAAAAUGAAAUUGAAUAUUUAGAAGGAUUGCUAUGGUUUUAAUAUGAUAUAGAAUAAAGGCCUGAUUAUGAGAUUAAGUAGAUAUUGCAAAAGUCUCAUUGCUUUUGCUUUUAUUUAAAGAUUCUAACUAUUUUCUUAUAACUUUGUAUAUUAGUAUUGAUUAUUGUGGGGUAAACAAAAUACAAAAGUUCGAUUUAAGAAUAACCUUUAAUAAUUGGUUUGUCUUUGCAAUUUAUGAGCAUAGCUAGAAUCUUGGUUAUAUUCUUUGGAAUAAUAUUGGCCAUCGUUACAAUUAUUUCGAAAAGAUUAUACAAUCAGAUCUACAUGUAAAUAGCUAAUCUUCAAGAAUUAGAGUAUGAAUAAUUUUCACCAUUAAACAAAUAUGAAAUUUAAAUAGUAGAAGAGAUUGAACUUUCUCAACUAUCUUAAAUCUAAUGUAACAUUUGUCUUCACAAUUUCGAAAUCCAAGAGGAGUACUACAAGUUGAAAUGUCAUCAAUUGCAUAUGUUUCAUAAGCAGUGUUUAUUGGAGUGGGUAUUAGUAAAUUAAUCCUGUCCAACUUGUAGGUCUGCCAUUUGA